CUGAGGACGGUCUACAACCAAACAUCAAGCUGUUGGAUCAUUUUGAAUCCAUGUGAAAGGAGAAAACAAGUUUGUCUAUCUCUCAACAAAAUAGAUGGAUGAAGUAAAUUUGCAGUGGAUUCAGUUUCUGCUUACUGUAAUGGCUCAGAAUCAUCUGAUGGACUGUCAGCUCUAUGAGUUUCACUACAUUAGUGAGGAAAAGACCUGGACUGAAGCUCAGCAGUACUGCAGAAAGAAACACACUGACCUGGUCACAGUGAUUAGUAUGACAGACAUGGAGAGACUCAAUAGUAAUUCACAAAGAGGCAUAAAGGAAGCUUGGAUUGGUCUCCGUGAUGAAACAAACGCACAGAGAUCAUGGCACUGGUCUCUGCCUGGAGUGGAGUUCAAUGAAAAUGAGACAAACUGGGAAACAAAAGAACCAAAUGAUCUCCCACCUGGAGGCCAAAACUGUGGGAUUAUAUGGAAAGAUUCCCCUCAUUUUCUCAAGUGGGGAGAUUUAUCCUGUAAUGAAAAGCAUAAUUUUCUCUGCUAUAGUGAAAAUGAUUCAUCACAGAAAUACCACUUGAUUUAUGAUUCAAAGAACUGGAUGGAAGCUCAGAGUUACUGCAGACAGAAUCACACAGACCUGAUCAGUGGAAAGAAGCAGCUACAGGAUGGAGAAGUGAACAAUGGGUUAAAUUUAGCGACUGCAAAUUCAAAAUACAUAUUUAUCGGUCUGUUCAGUGACACCUGGAUGUGGUCAGAUGGAAGCAGUUUCUCCUUCAGACACUGGAAUCUGAAGUUUGACAAUCAGAGAAUCAACAGUGGUCAAUGUGCCAUGACUGUGUUUGAUGAUGGAGGCAGAUGGAGGAAUGAGAGCUGUGAUGAAAGAAAACCCUUCAUCUGUUAUGAUGAUAAAGUGAUCCUGAUCAGUGAAAAGAUGAACUGGUUGGACGCCUUAACCUACUGCAGAGAUCACCACCAUGACCUGGUCACCAUCACCAGCAUGGAUGAUCAGAGGUGGAUCCAGGAGAAAGUCAAGAACGCAUCGACUUAUUUCGUCUGGUUGGGUCUGCGCUUCCACUGCAAACUGAAAUUCUGGUCCUGGGUUUGUCGUGAGGCGAUUGCUUACAGAACCCAGGCAACCCAGACGUCAGGACGGACGGACAACUGUAACAUGUCUGGAGCCAUGGAGACAGGAGGACGACACAUGUGGUUCCAGAGAAACGGCGGAGAGGAGCAUAAUUUUAUUUGCUCUAAGAUUUAA